AUGGCAUCUUAUGUAUCAAGUUCUAGUACAUCUGUUGAAAUUUGUGAUAAUAUUGACAACGAAACUUGUAGAAAUACUAAUGUAUCAUUAGAUACUAUACCAAAAUCAAUUGAACAAAAUAAAAAUGAAACUGAUGAAAAUUUACAAUCGAAUACUGAAAUGUGCUCCAACAAUAUCGUUUUAUCAAGAAAUAUGGUUACUGAAUAUAUUACACAAAAUAUAAAUAACAAUCAUCAAGAUACAUCAACAAACAAUGAACGUGUUCUGAUCAAUAUUGUCGAUAUCAACAAUAAUAUAACAUUUAUAUGGAAAAUUCGAGCUGUCGUAACUUGCGAAUAUCCCAAACGAACUUUUGUUAAUACACAUGGAACAGGUGAAAUUUCUAAUUGGGAUUUGACUGAUUCAUCUGAUGUAGAAGGACGAGUCCUACGGGACUUUGGUAUUUCAACUGGUGAACGAAAUGGUAAUAUUUGGAGUCGAAGAGAUAUUCAUAUUGAUCAGGAUGGAACUCAUUUGUCAAUGACUUUAUGGAAUAGUCAGGCUCGAUCUGUUGAUCGAAAUAUGGUUGGACUUAAUAUAAAAUUCAAAAAUGUUAAAGUAUCAUGGUAUGAUGGAGCACGAAAUCUCAUUACAAUGGCUAAUUCACAAUUAUCAAUAGUAUAA